AUCAGAAUAAGAAAUACAAUCCAAUCGUCAACAUGCAGGAAGAGCACAGACAGUCCUUAAAGAGAAAUUACGUGCAAUUGGUAAAAGAAACACCAACAGAUCUUGUUGUUGAUCAUUUGUACCAGAAUGGGAUCCUGACAGAUGAGAUGAGGGAAGAAAUUUUACAGAAUUCAAACUCUUAUUCGAAAACUAGACAACUCAUUACAACACUUCAGAGAAGGGGCCCAAGGGCAUUUGAAUGUUUUUGUACAGCACUGACUGAUGAAGGCAAGUCAAGUUUAGUACAUCUUUUGAAAGAGUCAAAGAUUAAAUCAGAAGUAUCAAAAGAUAGAGCCAUGUUACCUAUAGGAGGAGAUAUAUUUGUCGUCGUCAAUGAAUGGCGUGACAAGGUGUUGAUUCACAUCCGUAAAUACGAAAAGAAUUCAGCAGACGUGUAUGUUCCUACAAAAAAGGGGAUCGCACUGGAUUUGAACCAAUGGCAGCUAUUAGAAAUGUAUGUUAACGAAAUCGAAGAGGCUAUAAGUCAGAUGAUUGAUGACGUUACAGGGGUUCCUGAAAUGACUUUUCAUCUUGGUAGAGGUGUGUACGUUUCUGUUAACAAAACGUACCCAACAGUUGAUGUCAGACAACGCUGGAAGAUACCUGAAACCAAUCAGAUAGUUUCAACAAAGAAGGGCAUUUCUCUCACAUAUGACAAGUGGGAAGCGUUGAAAGGGACAUUUCCUGACGUCAGAGAGACUGUUCCUGAAAUAGAAACUACGACCCCUUGUAUUUUAUCAGAAGACCAUCAAAACCAAGAAGGGAUGCUCAUGUGUUCAAACUGUAACCCAUUUGCCGAACCUUUAUGAAGGACGAGGUAUAAAAGCGUUAAA